AUGAAGAGGAAUCGGGGAGAUGCAGCGGAGGAAUUCGAUUAUGGAGAUGGAGUCUCAUGGGUGAGAGGCCCUUUGAUCGGCAAAGGCAGUCACGGUUGUGUCUUCCUCGCCAAUCCCAGGAAGAAGAUGAAGAAAGGCGGCUGCUUUCCCUCGGUCAUGGCUGUCAAAUCCUCCGAGGUUUCUCUCUCUGCUACUCUGCAGAAAGAGAAGGAAACUCUCUGCAAUCUACAGGGUUGUUCCAGCGUUUUGCAGUGCUUCGGGGACGAGGAAACCUACAGUGAAGAUGGGCAGCAGAUGAUCUACAAUUUGCUUCUGGAGUACGCCCCCGGAGGAACUUUGGGUGCUCUCAUCAAGAAGCACACCGCCGUCGCUGCUCUCAUUCCCCAAUCUGAUGUCAGGGCCUACGCUAGGGCUCUUCUUCGCGGCCUUCGUCACAUCCACGCUCGCGGCUAUGUUCAUUGCGAUUUGAAGCCAGACAACAUUUUGCUUUUCCUUCCCAAUUCUGGUUCCGCUGUUGCUAAAUUUGUGCCGAAGAUUGCAGAUUUUGGGCUGGCGAAGCGGACGAGCAAACAGGGUCCUUGCUUCAGAGGGACUCCAUUGUAUAUGUCGCCCGAAGCUGUUGUUCGAGGCACACAGGGGCCUCCUUCUGAUGUUUGGGCUCUUGGCUGUGUUGUGCUUGAAAUGUUAACUGGGAGGCCACCGUGGGAUGGUGCCGCAUUUUUAGACCGCGAGGGUCUUCUCUCUAGGAUUCGCACUCCAAAUCAAUUGCCAAAAGUUCCGAGUACCUUAUCCAAAGAAGCCAGCGAUUUCUUGAAAAAAUGUUUUGUGAGGAAGGCUCCGUUCAGAUCCACCGCUGAAAAACUUUUGACUCAUCCAUUCGUCGCUGAAUUAGACUGCAAAGAUGACGAACCAGAAACUAAUGGUUUUGAGGAGGAGGAGGAGGAGGAGGGCGAAGAGGAGGAGGAAGAGGUCAUAUACCCAGUAGAGGGGUUGUCCGAGACAGUGACAGAGACAGAUGAUGAGUAUUCUUCGUUUUCCUCCGAUGAUCAGAGUUACAGUUCUGAGGAUUUCUUCUCUUCUUCUGUGUCGGAAGAAGUAGUUUUCCCAAUUCUUCCUGGUCAUGUUUGGUUUGCAGAAUGGAAUGGGGUAGGAAAGGAACUAAAUGAAAAUCUGAAUGGUGAUCAUGACUAA